AUGGCGAUCCCCACCAGAGCUAAACCCAUCAACACAUUGAAUGAAUUAUCUGCAGCACAACGAAGCGGUCAGAUUCAGGUGACAGCCACCGAUGGCUCCUCUUAUUUCGACUCUUUGAAGACCGCAAAGUUUGGUGUGUAUCAGGAGAUCGGGGAACUCAUACAACCCGUCAGGAAUAAGGACGAAGGACUCAAUAUUGUGGUCAAUGCCUCCAAACCUCACGCAUAUAUCUCGACCAGAGAUCACUUGUAUUACGGUUUACUAAAGUUUGGUCCAAAAGUGAUACGUUUGCCGCCUUAUACUGAAGAGUCGACUGUGUUUCUCGAUGUUAUGGCUAUUGCUAUGCAUUACGACUUCCAGUAUAAGGAUGUCUUCAAUAAAUUAAUAUCGGACCUAAAGAAAGGCGGUUUUCUGGACUACUGGCGCUUAACUGAGAACCGGAAGCUAGCAGUGAAUGGGGAUCAGAGUGUGAAUACUGUGGACGACCAGCGAGAGCAUGAGAUCCUUAUCCUGGAUCAGUUGCAAAGUGCUUUCUAUCUGAUGGCAUUGGGUUAU